AUGGUCGUCGACGAUGAAUCCUCCAAUGUGCGAGUUGUGGCUCGGAUUCGUCCCCUCUCCAAGACGGAGCUGGAGCGAAAGUCUGUGGAAGCCAUUGUUUCCAUGAGCAGUUUGGAGAAGUCACUAAAUACAGGAUACCAACCUACAACUGACCCCGAAUUACUCCAGGUUAAGGUUCCUGAUGGUCAAAAGCGAUGGUUUGAGCUGGAUGCUGUGUUCGAUAAGAAUUCAUCCCAAGAAGAAGUCUACAUCAGAUGUGGAGCCAGACAUGCAGUGCGGGAGAAUAUUUUCAAAGGUUUCAACUGCACUGUGUUGGCGUAUGGCCAGACUGGGGCUGGUAAGACCUUUUCAAUGGGGACAGCUGUUCAUGGAGUUACAGUAACAGAAAAUGAUGGAAUGAUUCCGAGAUGUUGUGUCGACCUUUUCGACUGCAUCAAGGAGAAAUGUGAUGGAAAUGCCAAGGUGGAAUUGAGCUACUUGGAAAUCUAUAACGAAGAGAUUAGAGACUUGUUGGCUGAAGAGGAAAAGCCACUCAAAAUCCGAGAAACAUUGGACGGAGGAGUUUAUGUGUCAGGUCAAGAAGAUCGGGUUGUCCUCUCGCCCAUCGAUAUCGGCAAACUUAUGGAAGAGGCAGCCAAAAAACGAGUCGUCGCAGCAACAGCAAUGAAUGCCGUUUCAUCUCGUUCCCAUGCAAUCUGCACCCUCAAAAUCAGUGGUGUCGUUGAAUCGGCCGAUGGCUCGGACAAAUUCUCCUCCAAACUCACUCUGGUAGAUUUAGCCGGAUCUGAACGCAUUAAAAAAACUGGAGCACAGGGAGGACGAGCCAAAGAAGGGAUCAACAUCAAUAAGGGUCUCUUCAUCCUUGGACAAGUGGUGUCUGCACUGUCUGAAAGGGGAAAGGGGGGGAAACUGAAGCGAAAGCCACCAUUCCGUGAUUCCAAACUUACACGGCUGUUACAGGACUCCUUGGGAGGCAACAGUCGCACGAUCAUGUUAGCAUGCGUUUCCCCGGCCGCUUACAACAUCGACGAGUCUAUCAAUACACUUCGAUAUGCUACCAGUGCCAGGAACAUCAAGAAUUCAGCUACCAGAAAUCUGGUCAAGAAUAUCUCGCCAGAGGAAGCCGCCAAGCUGCAACGAGAAAACCAGCUGAUGAAGCAACAAGUUAAAGAAUUGCAGGAGACUGUAAAGAGAUUAAUGGACCAAAACACGACAACAGUUUCCUUUGCUGUGUCAGAUGAUGAAGCUUCAGUUCAUUCGGUUGCCACGGCACCCCUCACGGGCCCUGAAGCCGCCGAUGACCAUACCAAACGAGUUCAUGACCUUGAAAAGGAAGUUGAGUCGCUCAAAAAAGAGGUCCUGGCGGCAAAGAGUGACGUUCGAAAAUCAGCUAGCGCUUCUGCAAUCGAGCUGCCAGCACUGAAGGUACAAAUAGCCCAAAUGACGGAAGAGUUGGAGCAAGCAGAAGGUCUGGCAGCAGAAAACGAAGAGCUUCGUGUAGAACUUGCCGACGCAAAGGCAGAUGCAGAGUCGGCCAGAUUGGCGGCAGCCAAGCUUUCCGACAUCAUGGAUAAGCUCAAAGAGCUGAAGGAAGACGAGAUCGACAAAAAGAGAGUCGAGUACAACCAUAUGAAGAAGGAAGAAGCGUGGGUUUCGUUUGUCUUUCAAAUGUUGAAUAAUCACAAAGAACAAAUGACGAGGUUGCAUGAGGAUUUCGAUUUGGUGCUUCGAAUUGUGGAGAGCCCGGCAAUGAUGUCUGUCCCAGGCAACAAGCCAAGGCGGAACCUGUGGAAUGCUAUAUCUGGCAACAACGAUGAACAAGUGCAUGACCCAGAACUGCGACAACAGCUUCUUCGUGAUCACGUCAACUUUUUCUGCAACAAAAUGCGUGAAAUUGAAAAUGAGAUCAAAGCGGAGUCUCAUUCAUUGAAGCAAAUCCGUGAUGGUAUCAAGAAGGAUCGUGAGAAGCUUCAGGGAGAUAUUGGCAUGACCGAGUUUGUUCGGGAAUCUCUACGAAAAGACGACACUGAUUUACUGCAACAACUCACCGAAAUGCUCAUCGGACCCAUCAAAGUUCAUUCCGAUCCAUAG